AUGGGCAGGGGAGGCAAGGACGGGGAUGGGAGAGGCAGGGAGGGCGAGGGACGGCAGUGGAAGUACUUCCUCUCAGCCAUGGCCUUCAACCGCGCUGCUGCGCUGCUGCUGCUGCCUCUGCUGGCAGCGGUUCAGAGCGGUGUCAGGCUGCAGUUUUCGCCAUCUUCCAGUGGAUGGAUCAAGCACAUGCGGUAUGCGGGCACGGAGCACAUCAUCUGGCACAGAGCACAUCUAUUGGUACGACUGUGCUGCCAGGGGGCGGAGAGCCAGGAGGCCGUCCUCUCGGUGUACACCCACGCAGGGCUGCUGACGUACCACCGCCUGCACCAGAAACGCCUCCCCCUGCUGGCGCUGAUUACCACUUUGACCAGGACUCCUCGCUCUCCCACUUCCUGCAGCCAACUACGCUGUCUUGUCCUCUCACUCACCGGCCUGCCCUCCACUGCUACCCUCCCCCACUCCCAGCACCACGGCCAUGAGUCCAAGUGGGUGGCCUUUGCUGACGUGGACGAGUACAUCUUCAUGCCGCCCGACACCCGCCCGGGCUUCCUCACACGCCUCCUGCUGCGCCGCCCAUGCGCCGCCCAACACUCCGCUCCUGGUGCUGCUGGCAGGGCAGGAAGAGGGAGGAGAGAGGAGGGCGAGGCACAACAGGAUGACCAGCAGGAGGCAACGCAGCUCCUGCUAUACAACCAGUUCUUCAUAGGCUACCCACGCCCUCCCCCUGCGCGCCUCACUAUAGAGCGAUUCAUCCACCGCCCGCACCGCCUGCCCGACCACCAUGACCGCCUGCGAGGCAAGAUGCUGCUGCAGCCCGCGGCUGCCCUCGGGGGGUUAUCGGCGAAUGCGAGUGAGAGGGAGAGGGAGGAGCUGGAGGAUGGGUCGGUGGAUGAUAGGAGCAUGCAGGUUAUAGCGGAUGUGAUUAAAAGGAGGUUGAGAUGGGUGGUGCCGGUGCUGCCCGUGCUGUGUGAGAGGGAGGCUGUGAUUGGUGCUAUGAUGGAAGCCCAGAGGUUGGCAGAUGUGCUGCUGCAAUCUGUGCAGAUGGAAAAUGGAUGA